CUCUCUGUGUUUGAAAAUAAUGAAUGAAUGAAUGAAUCUUCGCAGAUUCAGUAUAUUCUUCAACGUCUGAGAUAACCCUUUUCCCCCACAAGCAAAGAUAAAUUCUGGGUUUUUGUUUUUUUGUUUUUUUUUCUCAAUGGGUUUCUCUAGAAGGGCGAUAUUUUCCCAAUCUCUUGUUCUCUCUUGCCUCGUUUCGUUCGUGUCGUUUUGUCCCUCUCCGAGUUGGGCUUUGAAGAGUGAAAUCUUGGCUUCGGAUUCUGGGAAAGUGUCGUUAGGACUGUAUUACGAAUCCCUUUGCCCUUUCAGCGCUAGCUUCGUAGUGAAUUACCUGGUCAAGCUCUUCGAAGACGAUCUUAUCUCUAUCGUCGAUCUCAACCUCGUCCCUUGGGGUAACGCCAAGAUCAGGGGCAGCAACUAUACUGUCGUUUGCCAGCAUGGUACAUAUGAAUGCUUACUGAACACAGUGGAAGCCUGUGCAAUCGAUAUUUGGCCUGAGCUGAACAAGCAUUUUCCUUUCAUUUAUUGCAUUGAGGAGUUGGUGUUUGAGCGCAAGUAUACCCAGUGGGAAAGUUGUUUUGAGAAAUUGAACUUGGAUCCAAAACCCGUGACUGAUUGCUACACUGGAGAAUACGGAAAAGAGCUUGAGUUGCGAUAUGCAGCUGAAACAGAUGCCCUUCAACCUCCUCAUGAAUACGUGCCUUGGGUAGUCGUUGAUGGGCAACCACUUUAUGAGGACUACGAAAACUUUUUAAGCUACAUCUGCAAGGCUUAUAAGGGCACUGCGGCACAGACCGCUUGCAGUAAGUUAUCCCUCAAUACCAUUAAAAUGGAAGGAGCUGAGCUUAGUAGUCCUGUCUGCUACAAAGAGGAAGAGAAGAUUCCAACAUCAUGGAGUAGAAUAAAAUCAGCCAUAAUGUGAUGGAUGCGCCAGAUGAAUAUGGCAGCUUCGGCAUAGAUGUUCUGCAGUUGUGUAGUAAACUGUCUCUGGAAUCUGCUAGUGCUAUUAUCCAUAAAGCUUGUUUAUAUUAUCGUGAACUUUAGAUGAGACUGUACUGAAUCUUUUUAUACGCUGGGUCAGUUUUCUUUUCCGUGUCAAACAAUUACGAGAAUGACAAUAAUGCUUGUGCUAAAGACGGGUGUUUUUACGUUUGUGUUGAAUGACGAAAAUUGCAGUCAA